CCCCUACUCCACAUCAAACGUACUCGCGAUCUAAGCUAAGUGAGUCAGGACGGACGAAUGCGCCUCAUAAGCAGUUCGAAAUUUACAUACUUACCCACCACUCUCACCAGCACAUGCUAAGCCCGACCCGGGUCCCGAUCACCGCCAUCCGUCUCGGAUCCCUCUAAUCCAUGACAGGCACACUAUGAUCCAAUCUAACGUCGUCGUCGUCGCCGCCGCCGUCGUCGUCUUUUCUGUUGCUUUGCUGCGGCUCCGCGCACUUUCAACGAAUGACUUCCAUUCAGUUUCGUUCGAGACGCUGCCCGGAUCAAGCCGCGAUGCGCGCGCGUAUUUUCUAGAGAACCGCCGUCUGCUGAAUCGAACCGUUUGUACUCCCUCUCCUUGGUGUCUUCAGCCGCUGAUCAGCUGCCGAGGGGCUAGACGAUUGUUCUCCAAACAGGGGGGCGUCGCGCGUGUGUUCUGUGCGUGUGACGUAGUAGGCCGCGACCACCGACCGACCGAUCGACCGGUGUUAUUUCAGUGUGUCAAGUGCCUGGCUGGUUGUGCGAGUUUUAAUGUGGUUCUGGUAAAUUACAAUCGAAACCAGUGUGUGCGAGUGCGCGUUGUUUGCAGGAAGCAGGAACAUGAAUAGUGGUGCCACCUCAGCUGCCAUCCACCAGGAUUCGCUGACCUUGGAUGACAUGAAGGGAUUGGCGGCGGCGGCAGCGGUGGCGCGACAGGGGAAUCUCGUCGCCAAGAUGUCCAACGGUAGCAGCAACGGUGUCAAUGGCAACAGUGCCAAUAAUAACAAUAGUCCGAGUACUAACAACAAUAACAAAGUGACCACUAACAACAACAACAGCAACGGAGCAGGCGGCGGCGGCAGCAGUAGUCAAAAUGUGCUGUUUGCUAUGGCGACGGCUGCCGUGGUGUCCGCCGCCGAGAUCGAAGACAACAAGCUCGGCGCCAACGAUAAGGAGAAGCUGACCAAAGCGGUGAUGAAGGUGUUCGAAGAGUACAAGUGGACUCCGCCUACUAAUGUGGUCAAAUCGCCGACAGAUAAGAAGAAAAAUCACAUCAAACGACCGAUGAACGCGUUUAUGGUCUGGGCCCAGGCGGCACGGCGGGAAAUGUCCAAGCAGGAACCCAAACUGCAGAACUCGGAGAUCAGCAAGGAUCUGGGCAAGAUGUGGAAAAACCUUGCCGCCGAAGACAAACUGCCCUUCAUCGAGCAGGCGGAGAAGCUACGGAUGACACACAAGAGCCAACAUCCCGACUACAAGUACCAACCGCGCCGGAAAAAGUCCAAGAAGUUCGGCAAACACGGCAAGCACUGUUGCGACGAAGACUGCGAAGAUUCCAACAGCUCGCCACCGCCUGCUCCGAAGCCACGUGCCAAAAAGUCCGCCACCGGUGCCGCUGCAAACAAAUCGAAAGCGGUGGCAAACCAAACGAAGGCGGCUACUGCGACCGUACUCGCCAACGCCAACUAUGAUUUCAUCAACCAGCAAGCGAUUCUGAGAGUUGCUCAACCUACGGCAGACUUGCCGACUCCCUCUUCGUCGACUUCAUCCGUCGAGCAGUACCCGGGGUACUCGAUGAAAACGGAAACCGGAAACCGAUACUACGGAAUGGGACCAUGCGAGAUGGGCUCACCUUGCAGUCCGCAGAGCCCAAGCGCGGCCUCCAUCCAUUCUUCGACGGAAGGUCAACCUCUCACACCGCCAACCACGCCGUACACCGGGCUGGCCAACGUCAAGUCCUUCUCGCCACAUUCCCGGCUGUCCAGCAACGACAGCCCCGUAGGCUACUUCACCCGUAACGACUACAUCACCGGAACGGCAACAGACUACCGCACCACCGAACAGUGGAGCUACUCGGCCAACAACCUAUCGUCUUCGUCGGCCUUCACAUCUCAGCCAUCCAGCAAAGACUUCUACCGUAACUUCCCGAACCAAAUGCACCAAUUGCACGAUUCGAACUCCCUCUCUUCCUACCACCUUACUCCCGCGACCCUCCAAUCAACCCUCUCCUCCUCUCCAAUCCCCUCUCUCCCCCCGGAUUACUCCACCCUCACCUCAAUCCCCAACCAGAACUACAUGGUAUCCCCCUUGGACCAGGACCACGUCGACAUCGAGCAAUACCUGGACAGCCAAGCCGUUGUGAAAAGAUCCCUCACCGACACCCUCCUCCAUCCAAAACACCAACUCUCCCCCUCCGCUCAAACGAUCACACCCCUGGACUCCCUCGGCUCCGAUCCUACCGCCUCGUCCAUGGCGAUCGACCACCCUAGCGCCGGUAGCCUUGCUCAAGGACCGUCCGCAUCGUCGGUGUACUACGAUUCGGCCGGAUCGUCGUCGUCUCCGUCGGUUCCGUCGGCGCAGCAUCAACACCAGCACCAGUCUCCGCAGCACCACACGCUUUACCAUCACCUGGAGCAGCAGGCGGCAGCGGCGGCGGCAUCGGUGACGGCACAUCCGGCCCACCACCACCACCUGCACCAUCCCCAGGCGCAUCACCAUCCGCACUCGGGACAUCCCACGGGACACGGUGGCCAUCAUCAUCACCAACAUCCGGCGGCAACGAUGGCUGCCCAUCUGCCGUCGUACUUUAGCAGCUGGGGCUCGUCCGGGAAUUACGGGGCCAAUUCGUAAUACCGGAGGGUUGAUGAAUAGCCAGUAGAAUGAUAUGUUUAUCUAGAAUUUAAGGUUGAUAAGUUGGUUGAAGAACAGAACUGUAGUGUACAUAAGGAGAACAUAAGAACCAGUGGAGUCUUAUUGAAGCCGUUAGAAAAAUCAGGCCUACUUAGCAUUUGGUAAUUUUGCGAGACGGUAAAAUCCAAGAAUCCAUGGCAGCUACUUUUGGGAAGCUCUAGCUUCCAUCUCGAAUGUUUAGUAACUUCCUUCAAUGACCUACGGUAGUUAUCUGACUACUUAGAAAUCUCAUAAGCUAUAUUUCAGCAAUCUCCGGUAUCCGCGGUCUCCUUUCAAAAACUAAAGCAUGUCACUCUGUGAAUCUCCGACCAUUUGCUCUAGCAAGUUUUUCUUGUAUGUAACUUACAGUAGAUUCCUUUGAAAAUCUUCUAGAGCCUUCUGUAUACUAUCACAGACAAACAGACGCAACACUCUUCAAAACGGCUUGGCACAUGCAUUUAACGAUCAAUUCAAAUUUCAUUUGAUUUACGCGAUCGUUCCACCAGAUGCGCUAGUGCUCGAUCGCUUUGACGUUUGCCAGUGUACACGUUGCUGAAUGAUGCAAACGAAAAUUACAGGUAAUUUGUGUAGUAGUGUGCGUGUCAGCAAAACGUCAAACCCAAAUCCAUCAUGGCCGACAGUGCCGCGUGCGGUUCUACCAACAGGUGGCAGUGUGCUCAUAAAAAUGACACCGGGCAAAAGUUUUCGAUGAAUUUCCUCUAACGUCUGUUUGUCUGUGAUACUAUUAUCAGAACUUUCGAAGUAUAGAAUAGGGUUAUGCUCAAUUUGAAAAAUUCGACCUUUAAUCCUCAACUUCGACUUUGGGGAAACGACAUCGCGAUUCGCGACAUAAACCUUGUUUAACGCAGAGUUCGUCCACAUCAAGAGCUUCCGAUGCUGGAACCGUGUACGCUUGGAAAAGAAAAGCAAAUAUAGAUCCUUCAAACCAAUUUCCAAACGGUAGUCAAAAUUGAUGUAAAUGUUUCGUUUUCGAAGUACUAGCUAGGACGUUGAUAGUUUUAAAAAUUAGGCUAAGUUGUAACGGUCACAUGAUUUUCUGUGCUGUACUUUUUCAUUUCUUUUUUCUUAAUAUUUGAACUAAGAUGAACUUUCAAAUACAUAACUAUUCUAAAAAAAAAACUACUGCAUCUGCUCAAUCCCUCUUGGUGGAGCUACACAUAUCACAAACGAAGGCAUGUAAAUGGUCUAUUUUUUCUUAUGUAUGUUGAAAUAAUCUAGGAUCUACUUAACCAACGUUUGUGCUGGAAGUAUAAUUCGAUUUAAGAAAUAAAUUAUUUUGUCAAUGCUUAAUGAACAUGAAAUAAUCGUUAAGGAAAA